GUAGUUUGAGGCGCAUCUAGUGAUGUCUCUCUACGAAUGGCCAUGGUCACCGUAGAUUCUUCCACUAAUGGCAAUCAUCCAUCACCUGCCUUCACUCCUAUUGUUUAUAGUAUGUCUGAUUGACUUUGUUGAUGCAGGAUCAAGCUGCGGCGAGAAGAACAAAACGGUUGGAUAUACAGCACAAAUUACUACAACAACAACAACGACUCAACCUCCGAAUUAUGCUUACAAUCGCCAGUUAGAUAUUAAACCACCGACCCCAUCUACCACCACCACAACAACAACGACAACAACAAAAACGACUACUCCUCCCUACAUCAAUCCCUAUGGGGGUUGUCACAAGUACACCGAUGAAGAAAAACGCCAAAUACUGUCAGACUUGGGAACAUACAAUCCAAUUUUUAUGGCAAUGACACCUGAGGAGGCAGCCCUAAAUUUUGCCCCUGUGUUCAAGAAACUGCGAUAUGGAGACAAACCAUAUCCUGACUAUGAAGACGUCCUCAUCAAAAACGGGAGAACUGAGCGAGUUUGCCGCAGCACUGUAUGUCGAACUCUUUUGGAAAAACUACAGGCUCCUAUAGCACAUGAAGAAUGGCUCAGUGACGAUCAACAAGCACUGUCUGAAUCGAGGAGAUCUAGGAGAGACGAGCAUGAACACCAUCCUCACGAUCAUGUCAUUUCUGGGAAAGGAAAAUGCAGACUAACUAUGAGGAACGAAGAAUGCAAAGCGGCGGGCGAGCUAGUCGGAGGCGGACUUCGACUAUGCACACAGUGCCAGCGCGUAUACGUAGUCAGCUCCAACUGCUCUCCAAGAUUCAUCAAUACAGCGAGAUGUCAGUCUCAUGGUACGACGUGUAUACAUAAUGCUAAAGCUGGUAAAUCUUAUGGCUUCUCGAGGGAAGAUACUUUGCCGAUGACUUUGUUACGAAGUGUUGGAGAUCCUAAAUGUGAAAAGUUUCUAAACGAAGAUUUUGAAGUUAGCAAUUCUUAAUCACUUGUUAUAGCCAUAAUGAUGAGAUGCAGUGAUUCUCAGUUCCUAUGCCGCCAAAGUUUGCCCCCGCAAAAUUUUUCCUUGGGUUAUUCCUUCAAAAUUUAUUUUCUUUCAAUAGAAUACCUGGGAUCGAC